AUGGAGCCAUGGGUCGACGACAUAGCCGACGAUUUACAAAGCAUGAGCUUCAACUCCACCACCACAACCACCGCCACUGACAUCCACCGCUCCACCAGUUCUGGCUCUGAAACCACCACUUGGACCUCCUCCUCCGCCCACCACUUCUACCCUCCCUCUACCGCUGUCAAACCUCACUCCUCCACCACUCCAUCCGGCGACCCCUGCUGGGACUCCAUCCGCCGCUUCGAAUGCCUAUCCCUCUCCGAUCUUCGCUUUCUCCACCGCCUUGGCUCCGGCGAUAUCGGAUCCGUCUACUUAGCCAAACUCAAGACAACGUCCUCGGAAGAGCAGCCUAAAUCCUCCCCGGCCGCUCUCUUCGCGGCUAAGGUUAUGGAUAAGAAGGAACUCGCGAGCCGUAAUAAAGAAGGUAGAGCGAGGACAGAAAAGGAAAUUCUCGAAAUGCUCGACCAUCCAUUUUUGCCCACGCUUUACGCCUCCAUUGACUCUCCGAAAUGGUCGUGCCUCUUGACGGAGUUUUGCCCCGGCGGUGACCUCCACGUCCUCCGCCAGGCUCAGCCGUGUAAACGCUUCCCGGAAUCCUCCGUCAGACGGAGAUACACUGUAGCACUGCUCAUCUGUGUGUGA